GUUGUUGAUCUUUGAUCAACACCAACCAACAAAGUGAACAAACCAUGGUUCAGGUUGAUCAACUCCAUCAAAACAAUAAAUGUGUCCGUCCCCGCUCGAAGAAGAGUGUCCAUGGCUUCUCUAGCAGGUGUGCCUCUCUGGUGAAGGAGCAACGUGCCAGAAUUUAUAUACUUCGACGCUGCGCAACCAUGCUUUUGUGCUGGUACAUCCAGGGUGAUGAUUGAUCGAUCGAUCCAUAGA